AUGAGCUAUCCAGAGCCCCCCAUUGGCGAUGGGGAGGGCGCUGCGCCGCCCGUCACUGUUAUGGUUGAUGGCGAUUCGCAGCGGCCGCACCUGUCCACGCUGAACACGAACCAGGGGCUCAUCGGGCGUACGCCCUUCUCCCCGCAAAUGAGCGCAGACGGCUCAUUUUACGACAACUACGCGGACGAUAGCAUGGUUCAAAGCCAGUCGCUUGUGAGUCCUAAGGCGUACGAGGCGAAUAUGUCGCAAGAGUAUCAGCCGCUCUUUUCCUCGACCUCGCAAACAAACGUUAAGCCGAGCCAGUCGUUUGGCGGUCUAACCCAAAUCUCCACCGAUCCGCAAACAGGAAUGAACGGCGCAUACAGCAGCAACUCGCUGCGUGAACGUCACUACGAUGACUAUAGCGUGAGCUCACACCAGACGCAGCAAGAGCUCUAUCCUUGGAUGACGCUGGACGACCACAAAGAGGGUGACGAUGACCUUCACGACCCUAACAAGCACUCCCAAACAAAGGGUGCGCCGCAGCGAGCCAUCCUCAACAUCGGUACUCUCAUUCUCCUUGUCCUGGCCAUGUUGAUGCUCUUUGCUGGAUACCCCAUUCUGCACCACUACACGGAGCAACACAGCCAGGACGACUUCGCCGCCAAGAUGGGCAAGAGCCUCCGGAAUAAUAAUCCCCCGCACCUUGCAAGCGGCGUUCCGGUGGGCCGUGCCAACUACUCCCACUAUCCGGCGGCACUGAACGAGUCGUUGCGGAUGCUCAUUGAUCCGGAUACGCCUGAAGAUGCCUACGAGCUCGCAAGUACUUUUUCGGGUAUGAAGGAUGCCGACGGAAACUACAAAAAGUUCAAGCUUGUCUUCUCGGACGAGUUUAACACAGAGGGUCGCUCGUUCUACCCGGGCGAGGACCCAUACUGGGAAGCCGUCGACCUGCACUACUGGGCCACGGGUAACUACGAGUGGUAUGAUCCUGCUGCAGUAUACACCAAGGGCGGUGGCCUUCACAUACGCCUCGAGCAGCAUGAUGAGCACAAUUUGCGUUUCCGCGGUGGUAUGGUCCAGACGUGGAACAAGUUCUGUUACACGGGUGGCAUUCUUGUGGCAAGCAUUCAAAUGCCUGGUAUGCGCGACAUUCCCGGUCUCUGGCCCGCCUUUUGGGUGAUGGGUAACUUGGGCCGUGCUGGCUACGGUGCGACGCUCCAGGGAACCUGGCCCUACUCGUAUGACCAGUGUGAUGUGGGAACGACAAUGAACCAGACCAUCUACAACUCUACCUACCCCAACGGAUUCCCCGCUGAUACACUGAACGGUGGUGCGACUAUGUUUAACCAGCAACACAACACGCGUGCGCUGUCGUUCCUGCCUGGCCAAAAGUUGUCUGCCUGCACUUGCAAAGGCGAGGACCAUCCCGGACCUUGGCUGGGCGAUCGCUAUCGCGGCCGUUCCGCACCGGAAAUUGAUGUAUUUGAAGCGCAGGCGGACAAUACAGAUGGUAUGAAAGUGUCGCAGUCAUGCCAGAUGGCGCCGUACAAUUGGCUCUACCAGAUCGAUUACCACAACGAUACCAAGCUGUACGACUUCUACGACAAUUACAAUCGGAAAGGUGGCAUUAAUAUCUAUACCGGUGAAGUCACGCAGCAAUCGCUCAGUGGUGAAAACCUGGGUAGCCAAACUGCGGUGCAAUACGAAGCCACGAGUAACGUACCGACGGGCAAAAAGGGCGAUCCCAACUUUGCUAUUUACUCGAUGGAAUAUGCGCCUGGGCCCGAUGGCUAUGUUGCAUGGGUGAGCGAUAACAGGCCCUCGUGGGAGCUGUACAAGGACGCCAUUCGCGCUGACCCUCGGUCGGCGAUUGGCGCUCGUCAAUUCCCUGCUGAGCCCAUGUACAUCCUGUUGAACUUGGGUGUUUCAAAGAACUUUGGUACGGUGUGGUGGAAAGAACUGUCACCACACUGGCCGUACGAGAUGGUGGUCGAUUGGGUCCGUGUCUACCAGGACCCCGACAAUAUCAACAUCGGAUGCGACACGAAGGAUUAUCCUACGAAGGACUAUAUCGAGAAACACAUCGAGGCAUACACGAAUGCGAAUCUCACACUGUGGGGCAACACACGCGACGAAGGCGGCUACGAAGGCGAUUGGCCGUUGAACAAGCUCUACUCCAAGGGCUGCAACGGCAAGCGCAGCAAGUUCCCCGGCGAUCCCGAUCAGCCCGAGCUGAUCGCUCCGGUCAUUCCUUCGAAAUCUGUUACUGUGGGUGUCUACAAAACCUUCAAUGGCCAAAACCCUACUAUUACCAAGCCCGAGCCCAAUCCCACCGAAGCCGGCGCGCAGCGGCCGUCUUCGGCCCAUUCCCGCUAA